AUGGACGAACAAGAAGAGAAGCAGAGAACAACACAAUCUUCAUCUAUAUCGAAGACAAGAUCCUCACAUCGUAAUCACAAAUCUCAGUCAGUUGCUAACUCGAUUCCUCUCCACAUAACCGUCGAGAUACUCUUAAGACUUCCUGCGAAAUCAAUCGUGAGAUGUCGCUCUGUCUGUAAGCUAUGGUCGUUCAUCACCACCACACCAGAGUUCAUCAAUGCUCGGUCCAAGAAGACAUCACCACCGAGUGUGCUACUAGUCUUCCGAAAACACGACAAGCUGAUCGUUUUCUCGUCUCCGCAACACAAGGAUACUUAUUCUCAUGUGGAAGAUUGUCAAAUCACAACCCCAAAGAUUGGUUUCGUCCGUCGUUUUGAUUCUGUUCACGGUUUGAUUUGCUUAGAAGGUUCUAAAAGGCUCGAGAUUUGGAACCCUACCAUGAAACAAUUCUUCACUUUACCUGAACCUCAAGGCACCGGAGACGGAUACUACGUAGGAGGGUUUUUAGGGUAUGAACCGAUUGAAGGGAAAUACAAAGCACUGUGCAUUGUCAGAGGAUGCAACACUCAAGUUCUUACAUUAGGAGCUCGAGAAUCAUGGAGAGUAAUAACCAAAGGCAGCCCUAUCCACUGGCCUGCUAAAGACAGUGGGAGAUGCAUUAAUGGAGUUAUCUACUAUAAAGCUAUUUGCAUGCCUUAUAGGCAUGCUUUAGUGAGCUUUGAUCUGAGGUCUGAAAGUUUCGGUUUGAUCGAGUUUCCCAUGCGUGAUUACGUUCGUUUUCUCAUGGUAUCUUAUGAGGGAAGGUUGGCUUUGAUAAGUUCCAUUGGCUCUGUUGUUGAAGUAUGGAGUUUGGAGGAUGCAGAGAAUGGAAAAUAUUGGUCGUGUAAACAGUUUCUUUUCAGUCUUCCUGCUAACAAAAGAUUCAAGUCUUUGGAUCUGAAGGGUGUUACUGAUGCUGGUGAGCUUAUUUAUACGGGAAUGAGUUUGAAUGGAUCGUUCUGUGUUGUGUAUUUUGAUCCGAAGAAAGACAGUAUAAGAGAAACUAAGUUUGCUGGAAUUUCAGGUAACGAGAUUUGGCAACCUGAUAGACUUGGAUUUGAUCUUGUCAAUGACUUGUAUGUUUUACCAAAUCACAUUGAGAGUUUCAUCUCAUUGUAA